GCUCCAUCCCCGUCCCUGAGGAAAUUCAAAAUUGAAAAAGAGCGCGUCCUUGCCGGCGCUGCUUCAGAAGUUCAUCGCUCGCAUCAGAUUCAGAUUGCUCAUUGCUGUGCUUUCUUUCUCAACAACACCAGGAGGAGAAAAUAAUGGACAGUGUCUAUGCCGAGUUAGACGAUGCCAAAGCAGAGGUGGAGAAGCUCAAGGCUGAAAUUCGACUCAAAACGCAACUCUUCGAGGGUUUGAAGAAAGAUCGCGCUCAGGAUUUUCUCAAAUUUCAAGAAACUAGGCAGCGGAUCCAGGAACAGGCGCGUGAGCUCGAUCUCAAGUCUGAUGAGGUUCACGAACUGAAGAAAGUUCUUGAAGAUUUGAAGUCUAGUUUGCAUGAAAAGGAAACGCACAUUGAACAUUUGGGUUCGGAGAAUAAAAGGAUCCAAGCGAGUUCUGCUGAUAGGUUGCUCAAAUUGGAGGAGAGCAACAGAGGGUUGGUGUUGGCUUUAGAUGAAUUGAGAGCAAGGCAUGAUUCUCUGGAGCAGAGUUCUUGUGCCAGCAGUAAGGAGAUUUCGGGGCUUAGGGCACUUCUGUUGGCUACAGAGAAGAAGUGUUCAGAAGCAGAAGAAAAAGCUCAGCAAGCUAUGGUGCUGAAACGAAGAGAUGAUGUGAUAUUGCAACUGGAGGAAGAGAAUAUCAGUGUGAAGCAUAAGAUUAAAUGGAGGAAUGAACAGUUUAAGCAUCUUGAAGAGGCUCAUGAGAAUCUUCAAGCUGAGUUCCGAUUGAGCAAGGAGGAGUGGGACAAGGAGAGAUCUGUGUUUCUUGAGGAAAUUUCUUCCUUGCAGAUUAGCUUGGAUUCUCAAACAAGAAAUGUAGAGGGUCUUCAAUCGCGUUUGGAGAUGUGUAACCAUGCAUUGGCUCACGAAGAGAGCAAGAGGAAACUCCUCGAGACUGAAAUUUCGGAAUUCAAGGCUAGCUUUGAGAAUGUUUAUAGUCAAUGUGAGGAGAAGAAGUCAGAGAUACAAGAAUUGACAAUUCUAAGAAAUGACGAGAUAGCGCGGCUGAGAAACUCACUAGGAGACAAAGAGAUGGAGGUGAGAGAACUGAAACGUAAAAUUGUUCAACUUGAACAAGAUAAUAAGGAAUUUGGGGAUUCACUUAAAGAACUUAGGGAAGCUCAGAUCAAUAAUUGUGGAGCAAAUUCUUUGACAUCAAAGCUCCGCAACAAGCUUAGACGGUUGGAAGUGGCGCAUAAAAGCUGUGCCUCAAUGUUCAAGUCUAAAGAAUCUCAAUGGAGUGAUCAAGCGGCAAAGAUGGAAGCAGAUAUUGCUACUUAUAAGUCUGCACUGAUCAAUAAAGAACAAGAAAUAAGGAAGCUUCAGACCGAAUUAGACAAUUGUUAUUAUGUCAUUGAAGAGGAUCAAAUGGGACUCUUGAUCUUUAAAUCAGAACUUGCUGAGGCUCACUCCAAACCGUUUAGUGCAGACCCUGAUAAAGCUUUUGGUAUCAAAGAGAACGAAAAUAUAGUUCGAAUUUGUACAGAACAAUUGAGAGUGAAAGACAGUUCUCUAAAAACUAUGGCACGACAACAUUCUCAGUUGGAGGAAGAACUUGAACAACAAAAGAAAAAGCUUGAGGAAUCAUCUGAGGCUCAACUCAUCUUGAAAGAGCAACUAUUGCAAAUGGAAUACACCCUACAGUAUGAAAGAAGUGCUGUGUCUGAGGCUCUAGAAAGGCUGGAACUUGAAAUAUCCAGUAAAAAUUAUGUAAUAUCUCGAUUAGAGUGUGAAGUGCAGAAUUGGAAGUCUACUGCUGAAGCCCUUGAAGUUUCCUAUGAAGAAAUUCAAGGAACUAGUAAAAAAAUGGAAACUUCUGUUCUAUCUCAUAUUGAGAAUGAGCAAGCCCUUAAGCAGGCCAAUGAAAACCUUCUCUGUAUUGUAAAGGAUCAGGAGAGAAAAACUGAAGACCUUCUGCUGCAGAUCACUUCAUUGGAAAUGUGCAAUGCAGAGAAAAUGAAGGAAGCAGAAAGAUAUAAGCAAGAGAAAGAGGGUCUUAUCCAAAUUGUAGAGCAGAAGGAUUGUUGCAUAAAAGAUCUUCAAAAAAAUAUAGCCAUUGUCUGCUUGAAGCAAGAAUCCAUGGAAAAAGAACUAAAAGAUGCAAUUCAUGCACAGCUGGAUGCAGAGAAGGCUCUCAAGCACGAGAAAGAGAUUCUUUUGAAGAUUAAAGACGAGAAAGAUCGAACUAUAAAGCAAUUCCAGGAGCUAGCUACUGCAUCAGAACAGGAUUUGUUGGACGCAUUGUGUUUUUCUUUCUCAAAACAAGUAGAAAAGUGGGUUGAGGUCAGUGUGCUUAGUGACGCCUUGAGAUAUGCGGAAUACGUGGCAAAACUAGAAAUUGAAGAAAAGAACACGAGAAUAGUGAAAUCAGAAGAAUCACUCUUCCAUUUAAAACAAGAAGCAAAGCAGCUUCAAGCAUCAUUGGAAGUCAUGAAGUUUGAAAAUGAAAAAUUGACGGAUAAACAGCAGACCAUGGAAUACAUAAUAUCGGAGCUCAAGUUUGAGAAUGGUAAUUUGCUCCAAGACAUCAUGAACUUAUCGACAAAAAGGGAAGAUAUGUUGUCACAUUUUGAAGGCAUUCUUGGAAGAAUUGGAGAGUUGUCUAGUGAGGAUAUACCAUUGAUGGAGAUGCUGGAGAAUAUGUUGAAUACUUCUGUAGAUGAAAUUGAAAUAGCAAUGGGUUCAGUAGUUUGCGAAAAGCCACAUGAUUCUGCUAGAGAUGGUGCAAAUGGUCUUUUUCGUCCCACCAUGAAAAAAACAGAAGAAAAUUUUGAUGGACGAUCGCCACUUAGAGAGGUUAAUGGUUUGCAUAUGUAGACCAGAAAAGGAGUCUGUGAUCUUGCUGUCGAAAAUGCCAAUAAGGUGUUGGCCAUUUCACAAGCAAGCUGGAACUCAAACAUCUCACAUCCGUAUUAGCAAAUGAAAGAUACUGCGAUAUUGGACAUGUAUUCUAUUGUUUCAUUAAUUGCCACACGUUUCUUUCCGAGAGGUUUGGAUUAGAUUAGUGAGCAAAAGUGCAAAACUAUUUACGAGUGUUGAAAAAAUUCUUUCUGAUUCUUCAGCCACGCAGUCAAGUCUAUUUAAAUGAUUGAAUUCUGUGAGGAAAUCUAUCCAGAAGUUGCAUUGAUAUUUCAGCACAACGUACAAAACAAAUGUCACAUAUUUCGGUGAUUGCAGAGCCCCCCUCCCCCCAACCAACUGAGAAAUGAUAAGAAAGGCAUGAGUUAGAUUAGUGCUGUAUAACAGCAUAAAGACAGA